AUGGCGGAGUAUCCGGCCUCCAUCUUUGGUCCCGAGAAAGUCAAUUGUUCAUUUUAUUUCAAAAUUGGAGCAUGUCUUCAUGGAGACAGGUGCUCUUGGUUGCACCAUAAACCGACAUUUAGCCAGACCAUUGCCCUCUUAAACAUUUACUGUAACCCUCAAAACUCUUCCCAGUCGGCCGACGGUUUGCGCUGUGCCGUGAGCGAUGUUGAGAUGCAGGAACACUACGAUGAAUUUUUUGAGGAGGUUUUUAUAGAAUUGGAGGAGAAGUAUGGGGAAGUUGAGGAGAUGAAUGUCUGUGACAACCUGGGAGACCACCUGGUGGGGAACGUGUAAGUCAAGCUUUGCCCUGAGGAAGAUGCGAACAACCGUUGGUUUAACGGACAGCCGAUCCACGCCGAGCUGUCACCUGUGACGGACUUCAGGGGAGCCUGCUGCCGUCAGUAUGAGAUGGGAGAAUGCACACGAGGCGGCUUCUGCAACUUCAUGCAUUUGAAGCCCAUUUCCAGAGAGCUGCGGCGGAAGCUGUGUGGGCAGCGUCGCAAGAAGCACAGAUGAAGAUCCCGAUCCCGGGAGCGUCGUUCUCGGUCUAGAGACCGUGGUCGUGGCGGUGGCGGUGGCGGUGGCCCAGGCGGCGGCGGACGGGAGCGUGACAGGAGGCAGUUGAGAGAUCGUGAAAGAUCUGGGCGAUUCUGAGCCAUGCCAUUUUUACCUUAUGUCUGCUAGAAAGUGUUGUAGUUGAUUGACCAAACCAGUUCAUAAGGGGAUUUUUUAAAACAACAACAACAACAACAACAACAACAA